UUUUAAUAAUGAGGAAAGUAAUACGACUUUUAAAUUUGACCAAAAAGACUAAUUUUUAGUUUACGCCCGAUAAAAAACUCUCCCUUUCCCCAUCUCCCAUCUGCAUUCGCCACCGCCACACAUCACGCCAUCGCCGCCGCCAAUCCAAGGCCACCAUCUCCUUCUCCGUUGUUCAGGUCCAGUGAGAUCUUGAAGAUGGAAGGAAGUGAAGAUACUGUAUUCACCCCUGCUCUAGAAAAAAUGAAAUAUAUCAAAUCUGAGGAUGGAGAAAUGCUUACUGAACCUUUCUUGGAAGUUUGCAAACUGAUCUUACCUGUAAUAGACAAGUUUGGUGCAGCCAUGGCACUUGUGAAAUCUGACAUAGAUGGCAAUAUAAAGAGGCUGGAGAAUAAGUUCAAUAAAGAUACUACAAAGUAUAUGAGGUUGCACAGCAUGGUAAAAGAGGAAGUUGAAGCUAAGACAGCAACUGGUUCAUCUAGUUGCACAAAUGGCCUUCUUUGGUUGACCAGGGCAAUGGAUUUCUUAGUGAAACUGUUCUCAAAUUUAUUAAAGGAUGCAGAAUGUACUAUGUCAGACGCUUGCAAAGAUUCAUAUUCCCAUACCUUGGAAAAAUUUCAUGGCUGGAUUGCUAGCUCUGCUUUUAAGGUUGCUAUGAAGCUUGCUCCAGAAAGGAAGAAAUUUAUGGAUGUCAUCGGCGGGACUGGUGAUAUUAACAAUGACAUAAACAACUUCUGCACAACAUUUUCACCAUUUCUUGAGGAGAACCAUAAGUAUUUGGCCAGUGUUGGAAUGGAUGGACUUAAAGCCUGAAAAGAGAGAAGCAAUAUUACCAUUUGCGUUCUUGUUUUUACUAAUUCACGAAGACCCAUUAAUGUAUAACGAUCGGUCAUCUCAAAAUGUUCCUCUUAUUGCGUUCUUGUUUUUACUAAUAUACAUAUACACAAAAUUUUCAAGGGAUAUAUUAUUAUAUUGUGCGAGUGAAUAACUGAUAUACCUUGCCAUAACUAUAUUGGUUUGGUGAGGAUAGGAUACAAAGCUUAGUGUUCUUCGUCGGUUUAUUUUUGCUGCAUCGAUGUGGCCU